AUGAACACAGUUGCAGUAUUACUGAAGUCGGCUGAUCAUCGCAAUAAAAUCAUUGAAGAUGCAGCAACAAGUGCAUUAUUAUGCUCUGCAAGGCACAUAGUGCUUAUAUUCAUAGAAAGAAACAGCAUCUUCCUGUUCAACAACCCCCACGUGGUAUUUGAAUCUGAGAAGCUUGUUUCCACACAAAAAAAGCUCCAGAGAAAAGCAAUCACUGAAUACUUGUGCAUGAUAGAAAGCUCAAUAAAGCAAAUCAGUUCAGAAAUCGAGGUCUCCAAGCUGGUUAUCAGUGGUGAUGAAAAAUACAAGGUAAGAAAGUGCUUGGAAUGUCUGGAAGUAGAGGUCGUUGUGCUCAUAAGCGAGCCAAGGGGAAAGCAUCUCUACGAAUACUUCAUCAGUCCUCUUGAUGACUACAUCUUCGAAAUACUGCAGAUCCCAGUAAUCAAAAUCCCAGUAUACUCGCAUCCACGUCCUAAGCAAUCCUAA